UACCUCACCUUUCCUUUUGACCACUAUUCGCGACGGACACUUAUUGCUAUGCCAUCCAACAUCAAGCGCACCUACAGCGGGCGCCGUAACCGCGUUUACCCUCCAUCAUCGCCCAUCUCUGGCUUGUCAUCAUCCCCGGCACCGACCACAAGCAAAAAGAGGCCGCUUCAAGAACGUUCGAACAUCAGUCCGCCACCUGCUAAACGGGCGAAGAAAGAGAUAUCAAAGUCCACGACGCAGAAGAGCCUAACUCAACUUCACUUUUGCAUCGAUCAAUCUAUCUUGCGGACAUGCUCGCUCUGUGGGCUGUCAUACACCAAAGGUGUACCAGACGAUGAAUCCCUGCAUCGGGCACACUGUAAUCGCGUACGGAGAGGCAUGGAGUGGGGAAGAGAAGAACGACGAGAGAAUGAAAAGGCUGGUCUCGUCGAGGUAGCUGGCAGUGUCAUGCUUAAGGAUGGCACACAAGGGAGAAUCAUCAGUGUCAGGGCAGACGCAGGAGGGAAAGUCGGAUCAAAACUAUCAACACUAUUCGACACCAUCAACAUAACGCUGUCUUCACCAGCGCUCACUCGUGAAGCCUUGCAGGCAUCUAGAGCGUUUCUCUUCUUGGUACCUGCAUCCAAAGUUGCUUCUGCGCGGGAAAAGAUUGUCGGAUGCGCCAUUGCGCAAAGAAUUUCUACAGCUAUGGCUAUUGCCGAACCAGACGUGAACGCUGAACCUACCAACUCGCCAACAUCUACAAACACCGAUUCCCUCAUAGUGGUCGACACUGACACAGGAAUCUUUUGCCAUCCGGAACCUCUUCCUACGCCACUUGGCAUACCUCGCCUAUUUGUCUCCCAAGCACAUCGGCGACAAGGUAUCGCAAGUAAGCUACUCUCUGCAGCGGCAAGAACGUCUAUACAAGGCUGCGUGCUCGACCCUAGGAAAGGGCAUGUGGCAUUCACGCAACCCACAGGGGAUGGCAAUUCCGUGAUGCGAAAAUGGGGAGGGGGCGGGGUAAGGAUUUAUGUAGAGUGAUCUGGACCGGAGGUGUGAGAGUUUUCGUUAUGCCUAUUCCAUUUGUAUUGUCGAUUUGUUGUUGUGUUCAUGAGGUUUAGAAAUAUGAUUCUAGAACCUGAGAAAAG